UUUAUAUUUUGAUCCACAGACACUAACCCUUGAUAUACUUUCGUCUAGAAGUUCCCAGGCUUUCAGCAACAAAAAGUUUUUUUGUGUGUGUUUAUUUUUAAGGCUCCCAGGAUCUUACGUUUUAAAAGAUUUUGUGUGAAUUGCAGUUUUUAGGUAUUUCAAACUAAUUUUUCUUUUUUUAAAAAAAUGACCGAACUCCAUCUUAAGGUCUGGAUAAGCCAGUUUUCUAGUUGUUUAGUCUAAAGCGCACGAAACUGUGUGCUCUAAUGGGAUGAGGGUCGGGCCUGCUGGGUGCUAGUUUCCCUCCUCAGGCGUCUGUGUGAGUGUGCUGUUCAGGAGCUGGGGAUUCUUGAGUGAACAAAGCAGAAAUCUCUUCUUUCAUGGAGCUUACACGGGGCGGUUGCAGGGGAUAAAAAAUAAACAAUAUAUAUAAUAAGUAAAUUAUGUAGUGUGUUAGAAAGUGAAUAUGCCAUGGACAAAAGAAAAAGAAGGGUGAGGGAGUGAGAGGGUUCGUUGGGGGAAUGGGAAGGUGGGUUGUGGGGUGGCCAAGAUGGGCCUCAUUUAGAGGAUGAUCUUUGAGCAAAGGCUUGGAGGAGUGAGAGAGUUGGCCAAGUGGAUACCUGGGAUAGAAUGGGUUAGGCCAGAGCCAGUGGCAUGGCAAGUGCAAAGGCCCUGGGGCUGGGGCAGUUUUGCUAGUUUGAGGAGGCAGGUGAGACUGGAGUAGAUGAUGGAGGGAAGGGGAGAGUGACCCCAGAUAAGGUCAGCGAAGCAGGUCAAGUAGGACUCAUAGAUCAUUGUAAAGGCUUGGCUUUUCCUGAGUGAAAAAUCAGCCUUGCAGGAUGUGGCAUUUUUUUUUUUUUUUUUAAAAAGAGAAAAUAGGCUUAGCUUGUCACACAGGUGGUGGAACUUGUAGAGAGUGCAAAUCUUCACCGACACUAAUGAGGUUUCUGAAGUCUUAAAAAGAGAAGACGUGUUUCUUACCUCAGGCCGAACGUUCUCUAGGUCUGAAGCCAGAAUUUGUUCUGGCCUCAAAGCACUUCUCAUUUCACCAUGCUGUAUAAAAUGGUUCUAAUCAAAAGCAAAAAAGCCCUAGUCUUGCAGUGGUUAAGCGUUCGGCAGCUAACCAAAAGGUCAGCGGUUCACACCCACCGCCUGCUCCAUGGGAGAAAGAUAUGGCAUUCUUUAACUGUAAAGAUUUACAGCCUUGGAAGCCCUAUGGGGUGGUUCUACUCUGUCAUAGAGGGUUGCUAACUCAACGGAAAUGGGCUUGGUUUUUUUUGGUUUAAUCAAAAUCAAAGACAGUGGACCUUUAGGUUAAAUCUGUCACUUGUUUUAGUGGAAAUAUUUGAGUUUUCCUUCUCUGACAGGUUUCCGCCUUACACAGAUUCCAGCUUUUGCUAUAGUUUUAAGAACUGAUUCUAAUACUUGGGAUAUAAGGGUGGUUCACUUGAAUCAGACCUGUCUAACUGAGGGAGGGACAGAUUCUUUAAAUUUUAAGAAUAUUGCAGGGGCCGGAAUAAAGUGGUAAAUUGCUUUUUCCAAAUUUACUUUUUUUGUUUAUAAAAGUAAUCCAUGUCCAAAAUUUAGAAAAAUCUGGAUAAGCAUAAAAGUGGAAAUAAAAAUCACCCUCCAGUCUCAUUUGCUAACCAUUUGGUUUGUACCUGUCCACCCUGUUCAUUUAUUUUUUGGUCCAUCUUCCCUUACUUUUUUUACAAAAAUGGAAUCACACUGUGUAUAACAUUUUGUAAACGCAUCUUUUCCCCUAAUACAUUUAAAGUACAUUAGUGUUUUAAAAUUAUUUUUCUGUAUCUUCAUUUUUAAUGAGUCCUUUUUGGUGAAUGAUUGUUUCCAUCUUUUCUCUGUUGUCAAGAAUCCUAGGAUGACUGUUGCAGCUAAAUUUUUAUGUGGUUUCUGGAUUAUUUUGUUAAGAUCCUUUGGAAAAGUCAAACACUGGUCUUAGCACAUGUAGCAGUGCAGCAUUGGAAUGUACUUGCAUAUUUCAGCGGUGGACUUUUAAAAAAAUACUAAUGGCCUUUGACCUCACUUAACUUUUGUCAUCUGAUUUGUUCCCAGAGGGACAGGGUUCUGGAUUUGAAGUUGGGAGACUUGGGUUUGUGUGGACCCUAUCUACAGGUUUGGCCUUGGGUCAGUCAUGGCAUCUCUUCUGCAAAGUGGUAUUUUAUACUUCUUGUGGGAGUAAAUGAGAUUACUGAUUAAAAAAAAAAGCAAUGAGCGAGCACAGGUGGAAGAGGUUUUGAGUCCAGGUGUCUGAGAUAGAGGGCUUCUAACUUCCCCUUACCCUGCUCAUCCACUGUCUCUCCGACUUGGCUGACAACGAAUGCCCUGGAGAGUUUUGGAAAAUAAGGAUGCAUGGGUCCUGCCUCCAGAGAUUCUGACUUCAUUGCUCUGGGCCUGACCCUGGAACCUGGUUUUGGGAAAGCUCCCCAGGUGAUUGUAAUGAGUAGCGAAGUUUAGAAACACUAACAAUGCAUCUGUGACCAGCAGAGUUCUUCUAAAGCCUUAUUCUGAUGCUAUCAAAAUGUGGGGUGCAUUCUUGACAUUCAGGGCUGUUUCCUAAGGACUGUUAGCUCCCCGAGGGCUGGGAGUGGGUCUUGUGUAUUUUGGGAUCUUCUUUAAAAAGGAAAAAAACCGUUGUCUUUGAGUAUUCUGUCUCAGUGACCCUAUAGGACAGAACAGAACUGCUCCAUAGAGUUUCCAAGAAGAGCCUGGUGGAUUUGAACAGCUGACAUUUUGGUUAGCAGCCGUAGCACUUAACCAUUAUACCACCAGGGUUUCCAAAGGCACCCAGGAAGUGCUGCAUUGAAUAAUUUUCAGUAGAAUUUCUCCCCUUCUGCUUUGAAUGAAACUUAGCUGCCUGACUGCGGGGGAGACUGUAGGUCCUUUAAGGUGAGGCCCUCCCUCAUCAUAGACCGCUGGCACCUUCCUGGCCUCUGUGGGUUUUGCAGCAUUUGGCACCCCCUGCUGGAGUGUGUUUGUCUUAACGUCGGGUCUGGCCUUUUAGAGAUUUUCAAAGGAGAAUGAAAUCCGCGGUUCUCAACCUCGAGUUUGCUGGACAGUUUUGAUACUAGAUUUGUUUCAAGGCACACGCGAAGGAAUUAAAAGACUGAGACAACACCCAAAUAGCCUGCAGGAAUUACAGCACCAGAGUGGCUGUAGUGUAAUAGCAUCUCCCAGCUUCUGUGAAAACGUCUGCUUACUGCCAUCUGCCCUCGAUUGCCUUUCAACUCCAAGUCAUUCCCUGAGCAGCUUUGUGCUGUCUUCAUACUCUCAAGAGGCAAGUUGAGGUAAACAGGAGAUUGUAUCUUGGUGCUGGUUCAGCGUUACCCCACACUCUCAGAGAAACAAUCGUCCAGAUUGCAUCACGGAGCUCGCUCAGCUCACCGUUGCAUCUGACAGGGCAUUCCCAUCAUACCAUCUGUCUGCUCAUUCGCAUCACAUAUACUUUAUACCUCAGUCAGAUUUUGUCCGCAGGUUUGCUGUGUGCUGAUAAAGAGCUGCUGAAUUAGGUGGGGAGUCAUUGUCACCCCCAGUACACGUGAGUAUUCAUCAGGUGCAUAUGCAGGACUCUGAAGGGAAGGAAGGACUUGGGAGUGAAGGGAACCUGAAGAAAAGGGAAAUCUUGGGACAGAGGAUCAAGGGCACCUGAAUGGAAGUGGCAAGGUAAUGACAAGCCACUCCUGCAGGGUUGCACAGUGUUCCUUUGGUAGGCUCUCCUUCCCAGCAUUCCUCAGCCUUUAGGGAGGAGCCCUCCGCCACUCUAGGUGGAACCCUGUGCCACAGAGUAGGCUUGUUGUGUGGUAAGGGGAGGCAGUCAGAAGGGGGGUGAUGUUGUGAGCAUUGCCUGUACCAUGCUAGGCAUGGGGUUCAGGCAUGAGGUUAAAGAGGAGGCUUUAGAGAUGGGAAUCUGUGGUGGCGUAGUGAUUAAGUGCUCCGGCUGCUAACCAAAGGGUCGGCAGUUCGAAUCCACCAGGCACUCCUUGGAAACUCUAUGGGGGCAGUUCUGCUCUGUCCUGUAGGGUCGCUAUGAGUUGGAAUCGACUCGAUGGCACUGGGUUUGGUUUUGGUUCUUUAGAGAUGAUGGUCCCUGGGCCCAAAACCAAGCCUGCUGCUGUUGAGUUGAUUCCAACUCAUGGUGACCCCAUGUGUUAAAGAGUAGAACUGUGCACCAUAGGGUUUUCUUGGCUGUAAUCUUUAUGGAAACAGAUUGCUAGGUCUUCCUUCCUAGGAGCUGCUGAGUGGAUUCGAACUGCUGACCUUUUUUAGGUUAGUAGUCAACUUGACACAGUGGUUUGUUUUUUUUUAAGUCGAGUGCCUAGGAGCCCUGGUGGUACAGUAGUUAAGCGCUCCGCUGCUAACUGAAAGGUUGGUGGUUUUAAUCCCCCAGCUGCAGCAUGGGAGAAAGAUGUGGCAGCCUGCUUCCUUAAAGAUUUACAGUCCUGGAAACCCUAUGGGGCAGUUCUGCCCUGUCCUAUAAAGUUCACUAUGAGUCGGAAUCGACUUGACGGCAGUUGGUUUUAGUCACCACCCAGCGAUCUUCCCUGGGCCUAGGAAGCAUACAUAUGAGGAGCUUGCCUACAUAGGGGUUCUGAGUGUGGUUACCACACCUUCAGCAUCAGCAUCACCUGGAGCUUGUUAGAUGAGCAAACUUGAGCUCCACCCCAGACCUGCUGAAUCAGAAGGCUUGUAUUUGGUUGAGGGGGGCAGGGUGCGGAGCAGCAUUUGUGUUUUAACAAGCCCUCCAGGUGAGUCUCAGGUCCUGUUCCCCUGUGGAGAUAGUUGUGCUGGCUCAGGCUGGAUGGGAGGAUGAAAUGACAUCUGUCAGCUUAGCCCAAAGGCUGGCUCCAAGUAAGUGCCCAGUGUUUGGUGGUGGUAGUGAGCAGGGAAUGUAAUCAAACAUGGAUCAUCCUAGACCUACACACACGCACUGUAUGGUACUGUGUUUCUUCAAUUGUAGGACAUUCUCUACCCUCCACCCCCAUCCAUUUUAACAGCUCUUAAAAAGGGAUAUGUGUCACAACUGAUGUGUAUAGUUAAUGUAGAUUCCUCCUGAAGAGCUAUUACAAAACAACUGGUAGGUUUUAUAAUCAGUGCAUCAGAAUCAAGGAAAUCCAGAAUGUGUGUUUUUUAAUAGAAAGUGACUGCAUUGUACUUAAAACCAAACAAAAAUAUUGUACUUAAAAAAAAAAGAAACUCUGAAAUUCAUCUGCCCAAUAAUGACACUUCAUGAAUGGAUUUCUCUGGCUGGACAGUUUCUGACUAAGUCACUCGUGGUUGUAAGGAGGUACUAGGGUCUGUUUAACGUUUGAGGCUGAAGGCAAGGAAGACCCCAAGUCUGUCACAGCACACUCCUCAGGCCACUAUUGGCAGCGAAGUGCUGGGUUGUGUGGGUAGUCUCCUGACCCAGUGGGGCCAUUUCCUCUGCUGUGACAAGUGUUCCUAGAACGGCCAGUGCUGUCAGAAGGGAAGCCUUGUUGGGUGGUAGUUUGGGAGUCUAGGAGCCCAGAUAACCUGCUGGGCAAUCUUUGGCAUUGGUUGAGGACACUUCGAUAGCAAAUAACAUAAGCCAGCGUCAGACAGACACUUAGGGCUGCAGAGGUGUCUCAGGGACCUCAGCCCAGGAGGUGUGGCUGAUCCUGAGGAGGGAGGGACCAGAGUCUGGAAGGCUUGGGGGGCUUGCUCCAUUUCCCAGCUCUGCUUUUCUCACAAAUCCUCUUGAGACCUGUCUCCGCAGAUGGGCUUUCUCUGCUUGCUUCCUCUGCCCACGUUGUGGAGCCCGGCUGAUCCUCAGGCCCCAGGUUUACGUGUUUCAGUUCCCGGCAUGUACAGACUAACCUGGUGAAUCUUUGUUUCAGCUCUGAGUUUCCCCAAGAGAAUGCAGUUGGCCGAGCCUGAGUUAGUGUCUACUUCUUAUCCAGUCAGUAGCCAUGGCCUGGGUGCAGGGUCCCCAGUAAAACAUGGCUGCUGGGGCCCAGCCUGCAGCUUGGAUAGGAGGUUUUCCAAGAAAGGGGCCAUUCUGGGGUGGGAAGAUUCUCCAGAAGGUAUACCUCCCCUUUCCGGGCGUCAGUUUCCUUCAUUAGUAAGAUGCAGGAGUUAGAGAGCGUCUUCCUGUUCCGGGAUUCCUCAUGUAUGCAGGCUCUCUUGGGGCAGGAGAGCUGGGCUUCAGGCUGUGGCAGAUCCAUCCCCCAACCGUGGGCCCCCAGGCCUCCCCUGUGGUCUCUGCUCCGUGAGUCCUGCCACCUUCCCACUCUUCUGAAGGCUGUCAGAGCUUCAAACUCAGGGGCAUGGAGCCUGAUGAGCUUGGUUUGAGAGCUUCUCUCCUGUUUUCCUCUGCCUGACCUCUCAGUGUGAUUAUGUCAAGCCUGGCCCCCAGUCCUCUGCUUUUCUCUGGAGCUGAGGGAGGCUGUGGUCCUAGCCACCUCAACACUGUCCCUCUCUGGGUCCCAGUGCUGCCGAGGCACAGGAAGCAAGGAGCCCACUUACCACCAAAUCCUUCUUCUGACUUCUCAGGGUAUUUAUUACUUCAGCCUCACUCUUGCCCCAGCCAUAUGCUGCCUGAUGUGGGGGGUCACCAGACAUGAAGGGUGCCACUCUGCCUGGGUGGCCCUGAGCAAGCCCUUCCCUUCUGUGGGCCUUGGGCCUCAUCCCCAUAGGGGUUAGAGUCAGGCCAGUUAAGCAGAUCUCAAACUGUGAGAAGUUGAUUUAGGUGUCCCAGAGCAAAAGAGAAUAAUGGUGGUUUCAUAUCAAUUCACAGAAAAAACUUGUGGGUACAGUGUCAUCAUUUCAGGAUUGUUGUUUUUUCCCCACUAUAAAUUUUCCUUAGUUUUUUUUUAGCAUAUGUUAUUUGCCUUAGUAAGCAAGUGGUUUUAAAAGCAUAUUAAUAAAAAUAUCUGAAAAUUGUUAGUUGAGAACUCGAUCUUCAGUGGAUAUUUUUGCUUAUGGUUGUGAUUUUACAUUAAUUUUUGCAUUAAGAUAUUCACGUAGCAUUCUGUUAGAAACGUUCUGCAUUCAUAGGAUGUGUUUAGGGCCAGGAUUUUAUAGUGCCUGGGAGAGAACGCUGUGACUUGGGAGGCAACGUAGUGCCACAAUGAAGGUCUGGAGUCAUUGCUAUCGCUUCUUUGCUUUGUGACCUUGGGUGAAUUACUUAACUUCUCUGUGCCUCAGUGCCAGCAUUUGUCAUGUAAUUUACUUCAUAGGGUGGUUGCCAGGAUGCAUAAGAUGAUAAUGGGUAAAGCUCCUGGGACAGUGCCUACCAGUUAGCAUUGUAAUGGACACUAUCACCAUUGUGACUUCCAGCACGUUUGAGGUUUGCCUGUGAUCUCUUAAAGCUUUGGCUUGGUGUGUGUAUUUUUAAUCCCGAGGUCUAUCCGUUAAUUCAGCAAACAUUUAUGGGGGCCUUUCUGUGCACACGCUCCUUCGGGCCUGUAGCUUCAAGCCAUAUCUCUGUUCAGUGCAUUCCAGGACCUCACGUCUUCUGACCUCUUGGGAAUACUUGACGCCUCUACGUGGGUGUCCAAGAGGCAUCUGAGUUUCAGUGUGGCCUAGCACAACUGCCCCAGUGUUCUCUUCUCCCAGAGUCUGCCGUCAUAUCCACCUGGUUCUCAAGGUGGACACCCUUAAUAUACCCUGGAUCCCUUCCUUUCUGCAUCCCGUCCCUGGUUCCUAAUCUGUCAUGUCCUUUCGACACUCUUUCCAAAACACCUUGAAGCUGCCUGUGUCUUCCCAUCUCUCCUAGCUUCACCCCUACCACCACCACAGUCACCCUCACCUGGACUGCAGACCGCCCCCCCCCCCCGGGCUCUGCCCUCCUGCCGUCCAUUUUUCACAGAGCGGCCAGAGAUAUCUUCCAUGGUGUUCCAUCAAUGCCAUGCCCCUGCUUAAAGCCUUCCAGUGGGUUAUGCUAGAAGGAAAUCCCAGCCCUUCAUCUUGGCUCUCAGGCUCCUCAUGACCUGGGUCUUGUCCAUGGUGCCCCACCCCACACACACACCUGGACACACUGCUGGGUGUCUAGCCUCUGAGCACGUGGACCUUUUUUACUGUAAGGUUUUGAUUAGGUCUUCGCACCCCUGCCUGGGACGCUCCUUCCUGAAGCUUUCCACUUGUCCAUCUCCUCCUUGUCCUUCACACCCCGGCUCAGAUACUGGCUUCCCAGGGAGGCCUCUCUGGCCGCUCUCCUUCCCUCCUGUAAUUCUGCAUCGCACUUAGCUCGAUUUUUGUUUGAUUUUUUUUUUCUUGUUUAUUAAAUAUCUGUCCCCUACUCCAUUCCUAUGUUUUUGUGUCAAGGUGAGCGUCCACUCUGUGCCAAGUACCAUGCACAUGGGGUUCCUGGGCUGGAGGAACUCACAGUGCAGCAGGGCGAUGAACAAGCAGAGAGGGUUAGAGUAGUGCCUGCAGGUAAGCCUAGGGUACAGCUGCUGAGUACACUACGUUCUGAAGAGAGCUGUCCCUGUGUGGGGCAGCCACCUUCCCUCAGGCUCACUAGGAGACAGCCAGACUGGUCCUGCUACUGGCCAUCACCCCUGUCACCCCGGCCUUGCCCCCCUAAGCCUGAGUGAGCUGGAGGCAGGGAGAGAGCCAGCGGGGCUUGUCAUUGCCUGGUGAGUGCAGGUGCCAGAGGAGUGGCCAGGUGAGGAGAGUCUCUCUUGGCAACAACAGUGAUCACAGUGGUGGCUCCCAGCCAGAGAACCCCUCAUAUGGCAAAGAUUGGCUAUCCUUGUAAGAAAGGGCAGCGGGCAACUUCUUCCCAGAUUCUGGGUCUGUACCUGUGCCCAGCUGAGCAGGGAAAAGGAAUUGGAGACAAAUGGCAGGCGGGAGAGAAGGAGCCCUGGGGAGCAGUCUGCUCCUCCCCUUCCUUAGCCCACCAUGGACACAUGUGUUUCCCUUGAUCACAUGGGCACUUUGGAAGGUACCCCGCUCCAGAGGGCUGCCUGCCAAGUGAGGGGCUUGAGUAGGAAGAAGCUGUGAGGUGUUCUGCAGUGGCCAGAUCUGCGGUUCUUCCCCUGUGCUGACUGAGAUGGCUACUGCUGACUCUAAGAUUACAUGAUUCCUGUAGCUGUCAGUAUCUUUAGGAAGGGCAUUCCUUUUUAGUAAGGAAGAUUUACAAAUCACCAGUAAGAAUGUAAAAAGAUGCUCAAAGUCUUCAGUCAUUAAAACCCAAACUAAACCCGUUGCUGUCAAGUUGAUUCCGACUCAUAGUGACCCUAUAGGACAGAGUAGAACUGCUUCAUAGGGUUUCCAAGGAGCGGCUGGUGGAUUCAAACUGCCAACCUUUUGGUUAGCAGCCUGAGCUCUUAACCUGUGCGCCUAACCUGCGCACCACCAGGACUUCUGAUUAGUCAUGAGGGAUAUGCACAUCAAAUGCAGGAUACUACUUCACCUGUACUAGGAUGGCUGUUACCAGAAAAACAAGUAUUGGCGAGAAUGGGGAGACAUUUGGACCCUUAUCCUUUGCUGGUGGGAGGGUAAAAUGGUGCAGCUGCUGUGGGAAGCAGCUUGGCAGUUCCUAAAAACGUUAAACACAGAAUUAUCCCAUGGCCCAGCAAACCCGUUCCUAGGUGUGUACCCGAAAGACUUGAAAACAGAUACUUGUACGCUAGUGCUCAUUGCAGCACUGUUCACAAUAGCCAAAAAGUAGAAACAACACAAAUGUCUACAAAUAGGUGAGUGGGUAAACAAAACGUGAUACGGGCAUGCAAUGGAGCAUUACUUACCUUGAAAGAGAACUGAAGCUCUGAUACCUGCUGUGACAUGGAUGAGCCUGGAAGAUACGCUGAGUGAAAAAAGCUGUCAGACAGCCAGCAUUGUUACAGUUGAGGCGGCCGCCCAGGCCCGGGAGUGUGCUGAUGCCGAGGCGCAAACUGAGCCCCCAGUGCCGCUCUGCAUGCCGACUGUAUCCCAGCAGGACAGCCCCCGGCUUGCAGCCUUCCUUCGGAGGGUAGAGGGCAUGGUCAUCCAAGAGCUGAACAAGAAUCGGCAGAGCCAUGCGUUUGAUGGCUUUGAGGUGAACUGGACGGAACAGCAGCAGACGGUGUCCUGUCUGCACACCCUGGGCUACCCUCCAGCCCAAGGGCAGGGUCUGCAUGUGACCAGCAUAUCCUGGAACACCACUGGCUCUGUGGUGGCCUGUGCCUAUGGCCGACUGGAUGAUGGGGACUGGAGCACGCUGAAGUCCUUCGUGUGUACCUGGAACCUGGACAGCCGAGGCCUGAACCCCCAGCAGCCGGCGGCGGUGGUCGAGGUGCCCAGCGCUGUCAUGUGUCUGGCCUUCCACCCCUUGCAGCCGGCCCACAUCGCUGGUGGGCUGUACAGUGGUGAGGUGCUGGUUUGGGACAUGAGCCGCCCUGAGGACUCGCUGCUGUGGCGCACGGGCCUGACAGACGACACGCACACAGACCCCGUGUACCAGGUGGUUUGGCUGCCCGUGCCUCGACACAGCCACCGCUUCCAGCUGCUGAGUGUAGCCACUGACGGGAAGGUGCUGCUCUGGCAGGGGCUCAGCGCCGGCCUGCUGCAGCUCACGGAGGGCUUUGCCCUGGUCGUGCAGCAGCUCCCUCGGAACACCAAGCUGAAGAAGCCUACCCGGGGUGAGACCGAGGUGGGUGUCACAGCUGUGGCUUUCAACAGCUUUGACCCCAGCCUUUUUGUUCUGGGCACGGAAGGCGGCUUCCCACUCAAGUGUUCCCUGGCAGCCGAGGAGGCAGCCCUUACGCGGUUGCCCAGCUCUGUGCCCCUGCGGGCACCAGCACAGUUUACCUUCUCCCCCCACGGUGGUCCCAUCUACUCUGUGAGCUGCUCCCCUUACCACAGGAACCUCUUCCUGAGUGCAGGGACCGAUGGCCAUGUCCACCUGUACUCCAUGCUGCAGGCCCAGCCCCUGACUUCACUGCAGUUGUCUCACAAGUACCUGUUUGCUGUCCGCUGGUCCCCAGUGCGUCCCUUGGUUUUUGCGGCUGCUUCUGGGGAAGGUGAUGUGCAGCUGUUUGAUCUCCGGAAAAGCUCCCAGAAACCCACAGUUUGUAUCAAGCAAACCCAGGAUGAAAGCCCUGUUUACUGUCUGGAAUUUAACAGCCAACAGACUCAGCUUUUGGCUGCCGGGGAUGCUAAGGGCACUGUGAAGGUCUGGCAACUGAGCACAGAGUUCACAGAACAGGCACCCCGAGAAACAGAGGACUUGGACCAGCUGGCAACGGAGGUGGCCACCUGAAGUGCCCCUGUCCCUCCAGCUGUCCUCAGGGUAGACAGCAAGGGGAAGAGCCAGGACGUGGCUGACAGGUCACAGGAGGGCUUGUCCCCAAAUCCAGAGGCAAGUGGCAUGAGGCUGCAUCUGUCUGUGUUGAGCUGAAUAAAGAAAAGCAAAGCCUUUGCGG